CCGGCAACCACGUGGGGCUGGGGCGCGUUUCCGGUGCCGGCGACAGGAGGCGGAGUAGGAGUUCAAGCAGCUGGAGGGGACCAUGGCCAACAGUGAGCGCACCUUCAUUGCCAUCAAGCCUGAUGGGGUCCAGCGCCAGCUUGUGGGGGAGAUCAUCAAGCGUUUUGAGCAGAAGGGAUUCCGCCUUGUUGCUAUGAAAUUCCUGCAGGCUUCUGAAGACCUUCUCAAGGAACACUACAUCGACCUGAAGGACCGUCCAUUCUUCACCGGCCUGGUGAAAUACAUGCACUCAGGGCCAGUGGUUGCCAUGGUCUGGGAGGGGCUGAAUGUUGUGAAGACAGGCCGAGUGAUGCUUGGGGAGACCAACCCAGCGGACUCCAAACCUGGGACCAUCCGAGGGGACUUUUGUAUCCAAGUUGGCAGGAACAUCAUCCAUGGCAGUGAUUCUGUGGAGAGCGCGGAGAAGGAGAUUGGCUUGUGGUUCCGGCCUGAGGAACUGGUGGAGUACAAGAGCUGUGCCCAGAACUGGAUCUACGAGUGACGUGAGGGCCGCCCACAGUGCUCCUCCCACUCCCCUUUCUUCGUCCUCCCAUGGCAGGGGACCAGACUGUCACUGACCUCCUUAUUUCUGAGAACUUCCUUGUAAUCUGGAGAGACACUUGGAGCUGUGAGUGUUCCCUGUACAGUGUUAUGUGCUACCAUCAGAUUAAAAAGUUUCAUCCGAA